UUUUAUUUUAUUGAUUUACAUAACAUUUAUGAUAACAUUAUAAAAAUCGGAAUGAUUGGGAUGUAUAGAAGCCGGAUCGCUUAUGAUCAGAAUUCCGAUGGUUCUGUAAAUAUUCUGUUCAUACGAUCAAAAGGGAAAAAGUUGAAACGAUGGAUAUCUUUUCAAAACCAGACGAAUUUCACGAAGUUUUGUAUCUACACGUGCGCCCUAAUUGUUACCGGAUUACUAUGCUUAAUGCUUGGAAAUGGCUUCAUUAGAACAUUGGUCAACAGUUUCGAAAUUAUGGACAUUAACGAAUCUGGUUCAGAGCAUCGCGGAGAAAUAUCUCAAUGGCCAAAUAUGCCAAACCUUGGACUGAAGGACGACGAUGUACUGAAAGCUGCAGCAGAUAACACGCAGAAGGAGACAGUUUCAAUAAUAUAUACUGAGAAACCGAAUGCAUUUAGAGAGGCACGGCACGAAAACACAUAUGGACAUUCUGAGAAUGGCAUACCAAAAGGCUUUAAGGAACAACUAAAAGAAAAAAGAAAUGAAUAUGAUAACAAAGGUCUACCGGCAUUUUUCCUUGAGGAGCAGAAAGAGGCUACAACGGAAUACCUUGACCCUAUGGGAACCUGUGCUCCUACAACAUUUCGGCCUCAGGAAUGGUGGCACAAGCUCUUUGCUAUCAAGAAGAGAAACUAACAAUUCAGUUGGCUUCCGAUCAUCUGAAAUAUUAUUCAAAGAGGAUGAACAAUUUGUUAACAUACCACACGGAAUAAUAUUAUAGAUUGAUAUUUCCUCUAGAUUUCGUGCACAAUAAAAAGUUCAUACACUUUAUAACGUGUACGUUAUGAGCCUGUUUGCUAGCUUCGGGACAGCUGUGGAUAACAGACACAGCGGAAUGCUUAUCUAUAUGUUUGGUAUAUGAGAGAGUUUCACAUCACUAAUCAUUUGCAUACCAUGGCGUUAAACGAAUUUGACUGCAAAAAUUUAUUGUCAUCCGAUAGCAAAGAGAUGGAGAAAGCAAUUGACUAUCUUGAGGGAAAGAACAAACAAUUUGCACAUCUUCCAAGCAUACAAUACGAUACUAUGGAGAAGCUGGCUGGCAGAGAAACUCCAAAGGCAAAAGGCGUUCAGUUGCCAUACGGAACCGAAGAGAACACUGAUUUUCCAGUCGCAUUUUACAUAUCAUUUCAUGAAAAUGUGGUACAGCUUCAACGACUAUUGUAUAUUAUACACCGUGCACAAAAUAUUUAUUGUGUUCAUGUUGAUGACAAACUGUCAAGUAAAGACUUCGAAGCAGUGUAUCGAGUAGCCAAUUGUUACAAAAAUGUUUUUCUUACUUCUCGUAGGGAAAUUAUGAUAUAUGGAAGUGUAACUGAAAUUCGCGCCGAACUAAAUUGCAUGGAGGAUCUUGUUAAUAGCGGACAUCGGUGGAAAUACCUCAUCCAUUUUACCGCCAAAAGUUUUCCUUUAAUGAAAAAUUCCGAACUUGUUGAGGCACUUAAGUCGCACAAAGGCAAGAACAUUGUUCAUUCGAAUUGGCCGGAGGAGCAUAUUCAAUUUAAAAGGAGGCAUAUUCUGGUUGUUGAACAAAUUACCAAGUCUGGAUACAUCCGCCAUACGCAAGAUCUUAAACCGAAGCCUCCCUUUGGUAUCAAGCCUACUCCCGGUUUUAGUACUAAUGUGUUUACUCGGGAGUUUGUGGAUUGGGUAUUGGUGGAUACAAAGGCAAAAGAAGUACUCAAUUGGAUGUCAGAUAUUAUGUAUCCAGCCCAAUAUUAUUGGGCAACACUUAAUAAUCUGUAUCACAACGGCAUUCUACAGACCCCGGGAGGUGACUGCGAUGCCCCAGGUUUAAAGCAGUUAAAUUUCUACUUAAUUGGCUGGAACGUGCCUGCUGAUCGGAAGCUUUGUCGUUCGGGCCACUAUGUUCGCAACACAUGCAUGUUUAGCGUCCAGGACCUAGCAGCACUCACGCAAAGACGGGAACUCGUUGCAAACAAAUUUGACAUAUCAUACGACCCUAUCGUGUAUAUGUGUAUGGAGCAGUGGAUUACGAAUAAGACACGAGGGAAUCAUUUGUAAGGGACGUAAAGGGUCUUCGGCUACACUGAAUAAAUGGGAACGAAAAACUUUCUCAAUCUUACCUACAAAUUUUCGUAUAAGAUCUUAGUUUCUAUGAUUAAUCUCAAUUUCGUAUUGCAUGUAAUAUUGUAACAUUCAUCAGGGACACGCUUAUGUUUUUUGUUAAAUGCACUUUUUUGUAUGACGAAAUACAGUGAGGCAAAUCAUAAUGAGUGUUAAACUUAGAUACUUACGGCAGGAGUCCUUCAACAAUUUUGAUAAAUGCUUAAAUUUUGUCUUUGAAGAUUUUGAAAAGCGUUAUAAGCGCAAUUUAACAAAAAGAUUAAAGGCUAAGUUAUCCGUAUGUUUCAUUCGCACAUAACGCAGCGUAUAUAUGAUUUCGGUAGAUAGUUUAGUGUAAGUUAACAAUCAUUUAUUAAAUUAUUAUAUUCUUUUUGUAUUAUUAUCAUUUUGUUAGCCUCUGUCAGAUAUGUUACAUAUAUCAAUUUUUAAUCACAUUCAAUUAAGCUGACUCGCAAUUUCUCAUAGCUUAAAGGUUUAUUUAUAUGUGCAGGUUUAUAAUUUAAACGAGAUUCUUUUUCAUUGACUUGUAUCUAUGCUGUUACAUGAUAUGUAGGUAU